AUGGACAACUACAAAUGGAACUUUACACCCGAGAAAAGCGACUUGAUUCCUCAAUUGCAUGAGCGAGUCGCACAGCGAGUCUAUGACUUGAUGACAUCUAAUGGAGGAUUGUACAUCAAAAUUGGUCAAGCUAUCGGCGCGAACGCUGCGGUUUUGCCCAAGCCUAUGCAAGUUAAAUUUGCGUCCUUGUUCGACGAUGCACCUCAAAUCCCGUACUCGGUGGUGCAUGACGUCUGUAUGCGUGAGCUUGGUCGGCCGCCUAGCGGACCUGGUGGAGUGUUCGAGAUAUUCGAAGAGAAGGCGGUGGCUAGUGCCAGCAUCGCGCAGGUGCACAAAGCCAAGUUAUGGCCGCGUGUCCUUCCAGAUGGUACCUUGGAAAAGGAAGAGAGGUGGGUCGCCGUCAAGGUUCAAAAGCCGGAUGUAGCGAAGCAAAUGGUUUGGGAUUUGGGAGCCUAUCGCGCUGUCAUGUGGAUGUUUGAAAAUUGGGCGUUCGACCUUCCUGUAUAUUUCGCUGUUGACUUUGUGUCGGAACAUCUCAAACAAGAACUCGAUUUUGUACGCGAGGCUGAUAACGCUCGACAGACAGCCGAGUUCAUCGCUAGCGAACCGACACUCCGCGACAAAGUCUACAUACCCGUCGUAUAUCCCGAGCUUUCUACGAAGCGCAUCAUGGUUGCCGAGUGGAUAGACGGGGUGCGUCUUUCGGAUAAGCCGGGUGUGUACAGACUUAUGGGCGAGAAAUAUCCAUCCUUGUCAGCAUCCACCAUCGACCCAGCGUCUGCGACAUCUCUCGUUGCAUCCCCAUCUUCAGAGUUAUCAGCUUUGCCAAACUCACCGACAUCCGUUUCCUCGCUUCAAUUCCCUUCCAAACCUCUGAAGGGCGGUUUAGAUGCCGUCCUUCUCCCCCUGGUCCAGCUGUUUUGCGCUCAAAUGUUUGAUUGGGGUUGGGUACAUUGCGAUCCCCAUCCCGGAAAUAUCCUUGUGCGUCCCAACCCUGUCAAACCUUCAGUACCACAGAUUGUGCUCUUGGACCAUGGAUUGUAUGUACGCGUACCAGAUGGAUUCAAGCAUGAUUGGGUCAAAUUAUGGCGAGCGCUUCUGGCCAAGGAUUUCCAUGGGGUAGAAGAGGUAACGAAGGUGUGGGGGUUCGGAGUACCUGAUCUAAUGGCAAGCUUCAUGUUGAUGCGGCCUACGGUGUUGAAGAAGGACAACAGGAAGGGUCCACAACCUCCUAGGAAGCCUUUGACACAAUACGAGAUCAGCGUCAAAAUGAAGCAGAAACUGAAGGAGUUUUUAAUGGAUACGGAUCGUAUGCCCAAGGUUCUUAUUUUCCUUACAAGGAAUAUGCGGAUGGUGCAAGGCAAUAAUCAAUCAUUUGGCUCACCUGUAAAUCGCAUCAAGGUCACCGGCCUUUGGGCAUCCCGUUCUUUAUCGCGCGACACUGCUUUGCCAUUUUCUCUGCGCGUGCGAGAGUAUAUCUAUCACCUCCGGUUCCGUUUCUUGAUCUUUGGAUUGGACGUCCUGUUUUGGAGAGCAAAGGCCACGGCGUUCAUUGGGAGUUGGGUAGAACGGAUCGUCAAUGCCUUGGGCAUUCGGCGGUGGGGUCUUGGGUGGGUGCGCAGAGGUAACUUUGAAGAAGAGCUGGAGAAGACAAUGAGGGGGUUCGCCAAGGACAGUUUAGGUUUCGAUGUGGGAUCUGGGGCUUUUGAGGGUUAA